GCGUUUUCUGUUGGUACACCUACAUCCGCGAUUUCGUAUGUUCGACGCUGGUUGGGCAUGAAUACCAUGAAUACAAGAUAUUUAUCGUAAAGAAGCAUUUGUUGUGCGUGUCCAGUGAAUUAUUGUUUGUAUUGGAGUUAUAGUGGAAAAGUGAGAUUGGAAAAUGGAUGCUGAAUUGUACGAUGAAUUUGGCAACUACAUUGGUCCGGAAUUGGAGAGUGAUGAAGAGGAAGAAGAAGGGUUUAAUGACCGAGAGCAAGAAAACCAGGAUUAUGAUGAUGAUAUGGACAAUGAAGGAGCAGAAGACACUGAUGUUGUGGCUCCAUCAGCUGUAGUUCUUCAUGAAGACAAACGUUAUUAUCCUGCUGCCCUUGAAGUAUUUGGACCGGAUGUUGAAACAAUAGUUCAAGAGGAAGAUAAUCAGCCUUUGGAUGUGCCACUUGUGGCACCAGUAAAACGAAAGAAAUUUCAACUCAAAGAACAAGAAUUGCCAGAAACUGUUUACAGUAUGGAAUUUCUUGCUGAUUUAAUGGACACUCCCCAUUUAAUUAGAAAUGUGGCAUUAGUAGGACACCUUCACCAUGGCAAAACUAGUUUUGUAGACUGUUUAAUGCAGCAAACCCAUCCUGGACUGCGAACCAUUGAAGAGAAAGCCUUACGCUACACUGAUACCUUGUUUACAGAACAAGAGCGAGGUGUAGGAAUUAAGGCUGUGCCUGUGACUUUAGUGCAAAAAGUUGGGGAAAAUCCAAAAACAUACAUUAAUGUGCCAAAAAGCUCUGAAUGUCAUGUGAAUUUUUCUGAUGAAGUUACUGCUGCCAUGAGAUUAUGUGACGGGGUUGUACUAUUUGUUGAUGCUGCUGAAGGUGUGAUGUUAAAUACGGAGCGAUUGCUUAAACAUGCAGUGCAAGAGAGAUUGGCUCUCACUGUGUGCAUUAACAAAAUCGACAGGCUGAUUUUGGAAUUAAAACUCCCUCCUCAGGAUGCGUAUUACAAAUUACGUCACAUUGUGGAUGAAGUUAAUGGUCUUCUCAGUCUUUAUUCAGAUGAAGAAAAUUCAUAUUUUGUUUCUCCUCUUUUGGGAAACGUGUGUUUUGCAAGCUCUCAAUAUUCUGUGUGUUUUACACUGAAAUCAUUUGCCAGCAUUUAUUCUCAGACAUACGAAGGAGUUAAUGUGAAUGAAUUCGCCCGAAGAUUAUGGGGUGAUAUAUAUUUCAAUAAUAAAACUCGAAAAUUUACAAAAAAAUCACCUCACAAUUCAGCUCAACGCAGUUUUGUGGAGUUUAUCCUUGAGCCUCUAUAUAAAGUUUUUGCUCAGGUGGUUGGUGACGUGGACUCUACUCUCCCUCAAGUCUUAGAUGAGUUAGGUGUACGCUUGACAAAAGAAGAAAUGAAGAUAAAUAUUCGUCCACUAUUGAGAUUAAUCUGCAGCAGGUUUCUUGGGGAUUUUAGUGGUUUUACUGAGAUGUGUGUCCAACAUGUACCUUCUCCUGCCGAUAAUGCCCGGAAUAAGGUUAAGCACAUUUACACUGGUCCCUUAAAUAAUGACCUGACAGAAGAUAUGUGCAACUGUGACCCUGAUAGAAAAUGUAUUUCUGUCCCAUUAAGGUACAAAGUUGAAUUGAGCCGUGUUCCAGCUGGAAAUUGGGUUCUCAUAGAAGGAGUUGACCAACCCAUUGUAAAGACUGCUACAAUUACUGAACUCAACAUCGCUGAUGAAGUUCACAUAUUUCGUCCUCUGAAAUUUAAUACACAGUCAGUUAUUAAAAUUGCUGUGGAACCUGUUAAUCCUUCUGAAUUGCCAAAAAUGUUGGAUGGGCUCAGAAAAGUUAAUAAGUCUUAUCCUUUAUUAUCAACACGUGUUGAAGAAUCUGGUGAACAUGUUGUUCUUGGAACUGGUGAACUUUAUUUGGAUUGUGUAAUGCAUGAUCUUCGCAAAAUGUACUCUGAAAUAGAUAUAAAAGUUGCUGACCCAGUAGUUGCUUUCUGUGAAACAGUAGUAGAAACAUCUUCUCUAAAGUGCUUUGCAGAAACUCCAAACAAACGUAAUAAACUUACAAUGAUUGCUGAGCCGUUAGAAAAGGGUUUGGCAGAGGACAUAGAAAAUGAAGUUGUACAUAUUUCUUGGAACAAGAAACGAUUGGGAGAGUUCUUUCAGUCUAAAUAUGACUGGGAUUUGCUGGCAGCACGUUCUAUCUGGGCCUUUGGACCAGACCCAACUGGACCUAACAUUCUUGUGGAUGACACUCUGCCAUCAGAAGUUGACAAAAGUUUGUUGAGCUCUGUAAAGGAUUCUAUUGUUCAAGGUUUUCAGUGGGGAACACGUGAGGGACCUCUUUGUGAGGAACCUAUUCGGAAUGUGAAAUUCAAAAUCUUGGAUGCUGUUAUUGCUGGAGAACCACUUCAUCGCGGUGGUGGGCAAAUCAUUCCUACUGCUCGUAGAGUAGCUUAUUCGGCUUUCCUCAUGGCUACCCCACGUUUAAUGGAACCGUAUCUUUUUGUGGAAGUUCAGGCUCCAGCUGAUUGUGUAUCAGCAGUGUACACUGUGUUGGCAAAACGCCGGGGUCAUGUUACUCAAGAUGCCCCUGUACCAGGGUCUCCGUUGUAUACAAUUAAAGCUUUUAUUCCAGCUAUUGAUUCAUUUGGAUUUGAAACUGACCUUCGCACACAUACACAAGGACAGGCGUUUUGCUUGUCAGUAUUUCAUCAUUGGCAAAUAGUACCGGGAGAUCCUCUUGAUAAAAGUAUUGUUAUCAGACCGCUCGAACCACAACCAGCUACACACCUGGCCCGAGAAUUCAUGAUUAAAACUCGGAGGAGGAAAGGUCUGAGUGAAGAUGUGUCUAUCAAUAAGUUUUUCGAUGACCCUAUGUUGUUGGAACUUGCAAGACAAGAUGUUAUGCUUAAUUAUCCAUUGUAGAUAAUUUGUUAAAAAAGACUCCAAUGAAAAAAUAGUUUUAUUUGUUUAAACGUUCCUAGGAAUGAAAUUAACACCCUGAAGUCCUUAGGAGUAAAAAGUAAAAGUAUAUUUCUUUAAAGGGCUUUGUCUGUACGAAGCCAAUAUUCAUUUUCUAUUUCAAUAGUAGUGAUCUCUGUAUAUAGAUGUGUAUUGUGCUGGAAUGAAUCUAGUUUCAGAUGAAUGAAAUAUUUUUUUUUGAUUUUAGUAUGUGAAAACGAACUACAUAUUGUAUCUACUUGUAUUUCUCGUAAAUCUUUAAUUCAAUUUCAAUAAAUUGGUUGAUUCACAUAAAAACACUUACUAUGUACAUAAUUAUCAAUGAUUGUUUUCAUGCUGAUUUUAUAACUGAGCCAAGGUGCAGUAAAUGUGUUUUGUAAUGAUAGUUUAUUUCAUCAUAAUUUGGAUUUUAGUUAUAUGUACACCAUUCUUAUCAAUAAAAUGAUUGAAAAAUUCCCAUUGUUGUACCUCAUUAAAUGAGUGAAUGACUCCUGGCCAAACCCAUUUAUGGACAAUAAUGCAGGUCAUAAAAUUUCAUGUAAUGAUAUUAUUUGUAUUUAGCCUAACGGCUCAAUUAUUGUUCAUCAUUUCAAUUAUUUCUGUAGAGAAUGGUUUUCUUCCAUGAAAUCACCCAUGCAAGGUUUCAUUAUUAGAUUGAAUGCUUAUCUCAGAGAAAUAAUUCUCUUCGCAGCAUACCAUGAAGCCAUAGAUCCAGGAACUGCUUGUAAAGCGAUUGCACAUGCAGCACAUAAAUGCGGAAAACCUUUGUGUUAAUAGAAAAUUAUAUCUUGUAGAAUUCAUGUAUUUAAAUAACACACUGUUAAAUACAAUUAUCAAUCAUAUUGAUCUUAUAGUAUUUUGUAAGGUGUGUAACAGAAAAAGGAAGGAGAAUAUCUAGUUUUGAAACGUGUGACCCACAAGCCAAGUUCUUCUAUCAUUGAUGCCGUAAAAUCUGAAUAUCUGUUUAUUAUACAGAACACUUAAGCCCCACACUUCAUUUCAAAUUGUACUUAACCCCCCCCCAAAUCCAUUACCUUCAUACAAAUUUAAGUAUUAAUCCCUUAACUCAUUAAGCCAAUUGAAUUAUUUAUGGAUCACUAUAAAGUAAGAGUGACUUCUAUUGAUGCUGCUAAUUGUAGUUGAUGA